GGCGUCACCGGAAGUAGCGCGGUCGCCAUGGCGACGGCCCCGCCUGUGGCAGCGGCGGGCGCGGCCCGAGGGCGCGGCGGGGACAGCGAGGGGACAACGAGGGGACAACUAGAGGACAACGAGAGGACAGCGGCCGGAUUCAUCCCACGGCAUCUCCCUGAACGUUUUGAACCUUCUCCACGCCCCAGGAGGUGGAAAAAUCGGGAUAAAUAAGCAACAAAAUUUCGGGAAUUUUUGGCUCCAUCUCCAUAAAAAAACAAAAAAAACAACCCCAAGAGAUGCUUCCCAAAUUUCCCUCAUCUCCAAAUCCACGGAAAACGCCGAGCAGAGAAGGAUAAGCCGGGCUCUGGAGGGAGUUCGGGGGGGGGAUGCUGCCUCUCCCGGGCGUCAUUCCCGGUUGUUUUUUUGGGAAUUCGGCGGGAGGAGGGGCGGCAUGGCGGAGCACCAGGAGCUGCUGGCCGAGAUGGCGGCGGUUUGCCGGCUGAGCACGCCGGAGCGGCUGCGGCACGCCCAGAAACGCCGCGCCCAGCAGCUGAAAAAAUGGGCCCAGGCCCAGAAGGAAUGCUCCGGAAUUCCCGGGGGAGCCGGGGAGAGGAAGAGGAGGAGGAGGAAGAGCUGCGGCCCCCCCGGGAAGAGGGUGACGUUCCCGGCCGGCGUGCGGCUCCUGGAGGCGGCCGGGCGGCGCGACGUCGAGGAAGUCCGGCAGUUCCUGGAGAGCGGGAUCAGCCCCGACCUGUGCAACGAGGACGGGCUGACGGCGCUGCACCAGAGCUGCAUCGACGACUCCCAGCCCCUGGUGCGCCUCCUGCUGGAGGCGGGCGCCGACGCCAACGCGCGCGACGCCGAGCUCUGGACCCCCCUGCACGCCGCCGCCACCUGCGGCCACCUGCGCCUGGUGCAGCUCCUGAUCCAGCGCGGCGCGGACCUGCUGGCGGUGAACUCGGACGGGAACAUGCCCUACGACCUGUGCGAGGACGAGGCCACCCUGGAGUGCCUGGAGAGCGCCAUGGCGCGGCAAGGGAUCACCCAGGAGCGCAUCGAGGAGGCGCGGGCGGCCACGGAGCGCUCCAUGCUGGAGGAGAUCCGGGAGAUGAUCCGGGACGGAGCCCAGCUGGACGCGCCGCGGGGACACCAAGGGGCCACCCUGCUGCACGUGGCAGCCGCCAACGGGUACCUGGAGGCGGCCGAGCUGCUGCUGGAGCACCGCGCCCGCCCCGACGCCCGCGACGCCGACGGCUGGCAGCCCCUGCACGCCGCCGCCUGCUGGGGACAGGUGCAGCUGGCGGAGCUGCUGGUGGCGCACGGCGCCGACCUGGGCGCCAAAUCCACGCUGGAUGAGACCCCCCUGGAUGUCUGCGGGGACGAGGAGGUGCGGGCCAAGCUGCUGGAGCUGAAGCACAAGCGGGCGGCCGUGCUGAAGUCGCAGGAGAAGCAGAAAUCCCUGCUCCAGAGGAGAACGUCCAGCGCCGGCAGCCGAGGGAAGGUGGUGCGCCGCGCCAGCCUCUCGGAGCGCUCCAGCCGCUACCGCCGGGAGCUGCAGCGCGAGGCCAUCGUCUGGGGACACCUCGGGGACAGCGAGGACGAGGACAGGGCCACCGCCGCCGCCACUGCCACCGCCACCGCCACCGCCGAGGGCACGGCCGGCGAGAUGCGGCCACCGCUGCCACCCGCCGGCCACCGCGGGGGGGCUGGGGACCCGUGUCCCACCCCCCCCUCGUCCCCUCACCCCAACGGCUCCGCCGUGUCCCCGAUGUCCCCAACGUCCCCUCGCUGUCCCCCGACCCCCUCGGGUGACAAAAGCCACCCGCACACCUUGGCCGACCUCAAACGUCACCGAGCGGCCGCCAAAACCCCGAAAAACGACCCCAAAAACCACCCCAGAAACCCCGGGGACACCCUUGGGGACAUCGGGGACACCCUUGGGGACACCCUUGGGGACACCCUUGGGGACACCCUUGGGGACAUCGGGGACCCGCCCCUGCUGCGGCUGACGGCGCCGGCCGAGGACGGCCCCGCGGAGAAGCAGCGCUGCUGUCGGGUCAUGUGACCAAAUUUUGGGGGAUUUUUUUUGGGGUCACCCCAAAUCUUUGGGGACGUGUCCCCUCCCCCCCACCCCCCCCAAAUUUUUGUCCCCAACUGGGAUUUUUUUGUCCCUUUUUGUCCCCAAAAAAAAAGGGACGAGGAACAAAAACAAAGCGGGGUCGGAUUCGCAGC